CUCUUAGCGCUUUCCUUUUUUUUUUUCUGUUUUUCUUUGGGUUAGUUUUGUGGCUUUUUUUUUUGGUUUUUCUUGUUGGUUUUUUUUUUUUUUUUUUUUUUUUUUUUUUUUUUGGGCCGAUAGAUUCCCGCGGUCUAGUUUGUUGUGGGGUGAAAUUUUUCUUUUCCUUUUUCCUUUUUCCCUUUUCUUUUUCCUUUUCCUUUUUUUCUUUUUCUUUUUUUUUCUUUUUCUUUUUAUUUAUUUUUCUUUAUCUUUUUCUUUAUCUUCUUUCUUUAUCUUUUUUCUUUUUCUUUAUCUUUUUUCUUUUUCUUUAUCUUUUUGCUUUUUCUUUAUCUUUUUUUCUUUAUCUUUUUCCUUUUUCUUUAUCUUUUUCCUUUUUCGUUAUCUUUUUCCUUUAUCUUUUCCCUUUUUCUUUAUCUCUUUUCUUUUUCUUUAUCUUUUUCAUUUUCUUUUCCUAUUUUCCUUUUUUCACUUCCUUUUUUUUUUUUUUUUUAAAUAAUUUUCGUUUUUUUUUCGCAUCGCCUCCCUCCCUCAACAACAACAACAACAAACAACCAAACAAACAAACAAACAACAACCAAACACCACCACCGCCGCUCCGACAACGACAACGACCACGACGACGACGACAAAACCUUACCGAAAUUAAAAUGAGCUCCUAUUUUGUCAACUCACUCUUCUCCAAAUACAAAACCGGCGAAUCCCUGCGCCCCAAUUAUUACGACUGCGGGUUCGCUCAGGAUUUGGGGGGCAGACCCACCGUGGUGUACGGACCCAGCUCGGGGGGAUCCUUCCAGCAUCCUCCCCAAAUCCAGGAAUUUUACCACGGAGCUUCCACUCUCUCCAGCUCCCCUUACCAACAAAACCCCUGCGCCGUGGCUUGUCACGGAGAACCGGGCAACUUUUACGGCUACGAGCCCCUGCAGCGGCAGAGCCUGUUCGGCCCGCAGGAACCGGAGCUGCUGCCCUACAGCGACUGCAAGCUCGGGGCCGCCGGGCUGGGAGAGGAGGCGGAAAGUUCGGAGCAGAGCCCGUCUCCCACUCAGCUCUUCCCCUGGAUGCGACCGCAAGGUGAGCACAAGGUAGCCAAAGCCGGCGGAAAACGAGGCCGCCAGACUUACACCAGGUACCAAACCCUGGAGCUGGAGAAGGAAUUCCACUACAACCGCUACCUGACGAGGAGGAGGAGGAUCGAGAUCGCUCACUCGCUGUGCCUCACCGAGCGCCAGAUCAAAAUCUGGUUCCAGAACCGCAGGAUGAAGUGGAAAAAAGAAAAUAAAAGCGCCUGCCCCGGCUCCAGCGGGCAGGAAAAACAAGACGCCGAGGAGGAUGAGGAGGAGUGAAAAUGGUGGAUGAAGGAAAAGGAGAGAGGGGAAAAAAUUAAAAAAAAAAAAAAAAAAGAAAAGAAAAGAAAAAAAAAUUGAGAAAAAAUAAAAGGGGGGGAACGCACGUUAAAGCAACAACAACAACAAAAAAACCAUAAAAGAGACUAUAUCCAAAAAUAAAUGAUAAGAGCGUGAAUAAUUAAAC